AUGGGAUGGUGUAUCGACACACCACGACACAUCAAGACACACCACGACACACCACGACACACUACGACACACCACGACACACGAAGACACACCACGACACACUACAACACACCACAACACACCAAGACACACCACGACACACCACGACACACCAAGACACACCACGACACACCAAGACUCACCACGACACACUACACCACACCACGACACACCAAGACACACCAAGACACACCAAGACACACCAAGACACACCACACCACACCACACCACACCAAGACACACCACAUGACACCACGACACACCAAGACACAACAAGACACACCAAGACACACCACACCACACCACGACACACCACACCACGACACACCACACCAAGACACACCACACCAGGACACACCACACCACGACACACACAAGACACACCACGACACAUCAAGACACACCCCACCACGACACACCAAGACACACCACGACACACCAAGACACACCAAGACACACCAAGACACACCACAACACACCACGACACACCACGACACACCACACCAGGACACACCACACCACGACACACACAAGACACACCACGACACAUCAAGACACACCCCACCACGACACACCAAGACACACCACAACACACCAAGACACACCACGACACACCACACCAAGACACACUACACCACGACACACCACACUACGACACACCACAUCACGACACACCAAGACACACCACGACACACCACACCAAGACACACUACACCACGACACACCACACUACGACACACCACAUCACGACACACCAAGACACACCACGACACACCAAGACACACCACACCAAGACACACUACACCACGACACACCACACUACGACACACCACAUCACGACACACCAAGACACACCACGACACAACAAGACACACCACACCAUGA